GCUUGGGUUCGGGCUUGGGCUGGGGCUGUCGCCGCUGGCAGGCCUCGGCCGCGGGGGCCCGCUGGGCCAGAGGCCCCCGAGGCUCUCGCCGGAGGCCGCUGCGGAGGCGCUCCGCGAGGUGGACGUCUCGCUGGGGUUAGGGCUGGAGGAGUGGAGCAAGCUCGAGGCGGGGGGCGGGGAGGCCGUCGGGUCCGCGCUGGAGGGCACCCUCGCCGACCUCUCGAUCGCCAUGAGGUCCGUGACCGACGACGACUCCGACCCCAGACUGCGGUUGCAGAUGGAGGUCGUGGAGGAGGCGCGGUCCCGGGCGGACGCGCUCGCGAGCGCGGCGGCAUCCUGCGGAGAGGGCGCCGGAGGAGCAGCCCCGGGCCCGCGGGGUGCGGCGGGGUGCGGCGCGCGGCUCCUGCGGGAGUGCCGGGAGGCCGUGGUCGCGCUGAGGGAGGAGGUGAAGAGGUUCAAAGAGAUGGCAGAGGUGUGA